AUGCGUUUAAAAACACUUCGUAAAAAAAGACCAGCUUUCGAAAAUGAAGGAACUGUUGUUAGUGGCAGCAGAAUGGAUUUAUCGAACAAUGAAAUUAAACCAUUUAAACAUCGAACAAAUACUUCAUUUGCUUUACCAACAUCUCUCAAUAAUGAUUUAUCUUCUCUUAGUAUGUCAGUGUCUGAUCGUCUUCAUGACAUGGAAGUUCAACCUUCGCAACAAACACUAAUAAACCAAAGAUUGAACAAUCCAGCUCCGUCUCAAGCAACGCUUACACCAUCGUAUCACGCUCUUGAAGCUGCUUAUCUUGAACAUGGUAUUCGGAUACAUUUAAAUCCGACAACUGCUGCGACAGUGUCUCAACAGCAAAGUCAAACAAAUAUGAAUACAAGUGAUAGAAAAUCUGCAAGUACUCUUCAUCGAGUUAAAAUAUUUAUUAAUCGAAAUCCAAGUCGAUCAUCAAGCGCUCUGCACUACCCAACUGUUGUAACAGAACCAUAUCAAGAUACACGACCUUUUAGCGCAUUACAACAAACAUCUAUGACUGAUUUCGAAGGAACCGACACAAAUAAUGUGUCUGGUACGCAUAAAAAUGAAAAUCAACAAAACUCACACAAUCAAGAACAGUUAAAUUUUAACUAUUGCGCAUCAUCACUUUUGGUCAGUGAACAUUCGCAAAACUUGAUUUCAGCUGCAAAAGUAAUCGAUGAUAAUGAUGCAUCAUCAGCAGCCACAACAGUACUUGAUAAUGAUCCUGAUAUUGCUUAUAUGACUUCAUUAUUAAAAACAACUACUGGGGAUUCAUACCGGGAUACCAUUCGUCGUCGAGCUGGUCUCCGUCCAACACUGGCUGUACAUCGUCAUCCAGAAUCAACAGUAACAACGUCAACAAUAACCGCAACAACGACAAGCACAAAAUCUAAAAAACACGAAAAAUCAUCUGUUACACAGUCACCAACUGCAAAUGUUCGCAAAGUAUCAGUGCAUCAUUCUACUGUUAGUGUUAUGCCAAUAGCAUCACCUUCGAAAAAACAAGUUGAAAAAGAUAUUGUUAGACAUGCAUCACGUAUUCGAGCAAGCCAAAUGAAAGAUUAUUUCAAUCAUCAGGAUCGGCCUUCAAGAUCAAAUCUUAGUUAUCAAUUCUCAUCAAUGUCAAAUUCGCCAACAAGAACAAGUUAUCCGCAUACACAAAAUAAAAAUAAGAAACCAUCCAAAUCUAUUAGUCUGGAACCUCUCGAACUUCUCUUAGCACCUACACUUUGUUCAUCAGCAUCAUCAUCACCACGGACACCGGCACGUGUAAAUGCAUUAUCAUCGCAUGCUUUUUCUUGCGUUCAUCGUAAUAAUCAUGAAGAAUAUGUAAAACCUUCUAAAAUUUGUACUAAACCACCUAAACUUUCCUUUGAUGGAAGUAGUAAUUCUACACAUUAUGAUAUAACAACAAAGUUUUCCUUAUUUGAACACCCAGAUUCAUUAUCAUUGAAUGAUGAGAAUUCACCAUUAAUGAAAACUUCUAUACUAGGUAUGAUCUCAAGUAAUAAUAAUAAUACUCGCCAAUCAAAUUCAUCUGAUUCUGGAUGUUAUGAUCGAAGUAGUAGUAGUGGUGAUACACAUAGUAUAACAUCUGCAAGCAUUAAUCACACGCCAUGUUCAAUACCAUCAGGACGAUUAACAAGUGCAAGUACACGUCGUUCCAAUACAAGUAAAAAAGUUUCAUUCGAAGAUCAGGCAAGAACCAUUAUUGUGACAACAGCAAUAUAUGUAUAA